UGGAGUGGAUAUAAACAAAUUUAUUUUACAUUCAUCUAGUCCUCAUGUUAGCAGAGGGAAACCUAUGAACCGUGCAGUGUUGUCUUAUGUGAGAAGGUUCAAUUCAUGGGCUUUAGCUUUAAGGAAUGUGUCUUCUCCUCGGAAAGCCAUCCAUCUCUACUCUAAAAUGCAUCGCAACGGAGCUCCCUUCGAUAGCUUCUGCAUUGUCUUCACCUUAAAAUCGUGUACCCAUUUGCGUAGCUUGGCCAUCAUUCGAAACCUCCAUGCCCACAUCAUCAAACUAGGCUUCACCUCUCAUGUUUACGUUGCAACUUCUCUUCUCAAUGCCUACGUUUGGCUCUCUUUUCUGGAUGCCUGUGUCCUGUUCGACGAAAUGCCCCACAGGAACACUGUCACGGGGAACGCCAUGAUUGUGGGAUAUUCAAGGUCAGGGGAUAUCCAAAGAGCGCGUGCUAUUUUUGAGGAAAUGCCCCAUAGAGACAUCGCAUCGUGGGCUUCUAUGAUUUCUGCUUAUAACAAUGUUUCAAGUUACGAUCAGGGUUUGUCCCUUUUUCGGCGAAUGUUGUUGGAUGAGGGAACGAGACCAGACCAAGUAACUGCUGGUUCGGUUUUAUCAGCAUGUGCCAACAUGGGGUCUCUUGGAUUGUUGGCUGGAAAAUCAGUUCAUGGCUUCAUCGUGAAAAAUGGGUGGGAGUUGAAUGUGGAGUUAGGUGCGGCUCUAGUCAUCAUGUAUGCUAAAUCAGGAGUUUUGAGAAAUGCUGCAAUGAUUUUUGAGUUGAUGGCUGAAAGAGAUGUCAUUUCUUGGACGGCACUGAUUUGUGGUGCUGCCCAAUAUGGCUUCAAUGAAGAAGCACUUGUUGUGUUUGACAAAAUGCAGAUAGCUGGAGUCAAACCCAAUGAACUGACUUUCACGGGGGUACUCACUGCUUGUGCUCACGCUGGGUUGGUAGAGGAGGGACGCAGGUAUUUCAAGAUGAUUGAAGACAAUGGCAUGGAGGCAAGAAUUCAACAUUAUGCAUGCUUGGUUUAUUUGAUUGGGAAAGCUGGGAUGCUAGAAGAAGCUUAUGAGAUUAUCAAAUCAAUGAAACAGGAACCAAAUGUUGUUGUCUUGGGUUCCUUCUUGUCGGCUUGUAAGGAGCACAGGCAAUUUGAGAUGGCUGAGAGGGUGAUUCAGCAGGUCCUGAGGAUGGCAAAACCAGAAAAAGAUGGUGGAAUUUAUAGCCUUAUUUCCGAUUUGUAUGUUAUGGGUGAAAAGUUGGAAGAGGCUGAAAGGUUGAAGAAAUUGGUGCUCAAUAAAAAUUUGAGAAAGGCCAGGGAGUUUAGUUCAGAAGUGGACUAAGAUAAGCCUGUCAAUUUUUCUCUCCUUUUCAAAUCAUGAUUUUUUUUUAGGAUGAUAUCGACAGCAUCAGCAUAUAUGCUGGUAGAGCAAAUUCAGUUAUAAGCCUAUUCUUUUUAUGCUUGUAAAUUGUGAUUCUUUCAUUCACAAACUUCAAGAUGGAUGGGAACAAAUAACAGAGAAUUGAGUUCAGACAACUAGACUCCUAUCAAUGCUCAAAAAGUUUUGAAACCAUCAGCUUUACUCCUCCAGAAAUGUAUGACAAGUCUAACUGGAGGGCUAGCAUUGUAGUUCAAUUACAAGGACUGCAUCAUGAGUGCAACCAGAUACUGUGUGCCAUUUUUUCAAGAGCAGCAUUUCAAUGAGUAUUACUUGGUCUAGUAGGUGGUUAUCCCUCGGGAUCGGUAGCACGUUGUAAAUUUA